CGGGGAAAACAUGCAGCUGUCAAAAUUCGUCACGCUGGCAAAAGAGACGUCUGUUAAUCCCGGUACGAGAGAGGCAGAAUGAGAGAAAGAGGUAAAGGGGAACACAGGGGAACAGUGGAGCGAGAGGGAGGACGAGAACUCGCAACGAAUGACGGGAUAUGGCGACGUGUAGCCGAAGUUUUCUCAUUUUCACUGUUCUAUCGCGUAAUCCGGAUGUCAGUGAAAUUUUGUAAAUAUUCCUUGGCUGUGUCAACGAUUAUCUAAGGAGUACGAUUAAAACAGAUCACCGAAAUAAUUAUGAAUUACAACCACUCGGCGGCCCGAAAAGGAAAACCGAAAAGGAUAUUAGAUCCUACUGCUGGAUUAUCUACGCCGUCCUCUUCAACCCCACAGAAUCCCUACAUGUAUAACCAGCAGGUGCCUAUGAACAAUGGCAUGCCACCAGAAUAUGGUUUUAACAUGCCCCCACCUUCGGCAUCACCAUAUGGAUUCAGCACACCACAUACACAGGCCUAUAACCAUACCGAGCCACGUCCUGAAGGUUUCUCUACUCCACAGUUUACCACACAGCUUCUGGCUGAACCUGUGGUCACAAACAUGGCGAUGCAGUAUGGAAAUGCCUUAGUAGGGUCAGGGAAACAACAUUUUGAAAAGUAUAUCCCAGUGACAGCUUUGAAGUAUUAUUUUGCUGUUGACACUGAUUACGUCGUCAGCAAAUUGAUUUUGCUGGCUUUUCCAUUUACACAUAAGGACUGGUCUGUCAAAUAUGAGCAGGAUGGGCCUCUGCAGCCCCGUUAUGAAAGAAAUGCACCGGAUUUGUACAUUCCAACAAUGGCAUUUUUGACAUAUGUGGUCAUUGCUGGAUUAUCUUUGGGGACUCAAGAACGAUUUACUCCGGAACAAUUAGGUAUCUUGGCUAGUUCUGCUCUGGCAUGGGGUAUCAUAGAGCUAUUAGUACACACGAUAACCUUAUAUGUGAUGAAUCUUGACACAAGUUUAAGAACACUAGAUUUGUUAGCUUAUUGCGGUUACAAGUAUGCUGGUAUAAAUGCAGCACUUUUGGUUUCGUUGAUAUUCAGAAGGGUAGGUUAUUAUAUUGUUCUCUUGUACACAAGUGCGUCAUUAGCAUUCUUUCUUAUACGGUCCUUAAAAUUGAGAGUCAUUCCAGAAGGUCAUAGUCCUUAUACAGCUACUGGAAAUAAAAGAAGACUCUACUUUAUUUUGUGCUUAGCAGCUGUUCAACCCGUUUUAAUGUGGUGGUUAUCAUAUCAUUUAAUUUCUUCCGAUGCCACUUAAACCGAGUACUUUGAGAAGGGUGAAAGAUUUGCGUGUAUUUAUGUAAUAAUAAACAUCUGCUACGCAUUUUUUGUAAUAAAUAAUUUUUGAGCCUAAGUAGUA